CUCACGGCAGAGCCGCCGCGGGGCUGCAGCGCUCCUUCUUGAACCGCAAGGCUGCGGACACGAACCACUCUGGCCCUGGGAGCGGGGGCCGCUCCCUCGGGCUCGCGGCUCUGCGGGGCUGGGCCGGCCUCACCUCGAGGUUGCCGGAGCCGCCGGGACAGUGCCGAGCCCAGCAGGAACCGCCGCCGCCUGAUGACGCGCGGCCACCCCGUGACGCGCAGCUUCCCUGGGCCGCGCGGCGGCGCCGCCUCCGUGGUCCCGAAACCGCGGAGAUUCGCCCCGAAACCAGCGCCCCACGCGCACACCCGCAGCGGGCGGGCGACGGGGACAUGGCGGCGGGCAGGCACCCAGCCCAGAGCGCUGCCGGUGGCGGCCGCCUGCACACGGAGAGGCCGCAGUGACGCCUCCCCACCCCGAGGCCGCGGGGAUGGACGCGGAGCGCGCUGCCGGCCGGGACAGCGCUGAGGGAGGAAGAGGAGGACUGGGUGACUUCGUGUCUGCCCUUCCUCCCGAGAUCAUCUCCCGGAUUUUCAGUGGGCUGGAUGUCGAGAGCUUGUGCCACGCGUCCGUGACGUGCAAGGGCUGGCACCGCGUCAUCGACAGCAACGAGCGGCUGUGGCGGCGCCACUGCCUUGCCGUGCGCGCCGUCUGUCAGCGGGAGAUCGACUGCGACCGAGGGAAUGGCUAUUCCUGGAAGAUUACAUUGUUGAGAAACUACUGGAAAAGCAAAGUGAAGCAAGAAUGGCUUAGUGGGAAGUACAGCAACAUUCCUUCGCAAUUCAGUUUGCCAGAGAAAAGUAUGUAUCCAAUGGAUGUCGACACGUGGGGAGAAAUCUUGGAAGCAGAACUUGAGAGGUGAUAAACCAGUGCUGAUUCUUGCAACUCAGAUCGCUUUUACCAAUAGCAGACACACUGUUCAGCAGUUGUGAAACUGAUUUUGAACUGAUUAUGAAUUUAUGAUGAAAACUUCUCCAAAAAACGUUAUGGGUGUCUUUUUUUAAUUUGCAUUUUACUGUAUUAAUUUUAUGUAAAAUUCUAAAAAUAACUAAAUAUUCAGCUGUAAUUUAUAUUUAUAAUUGUAAUGUUCUACUGCACUGUCAAAAAUAUGCCAAUUAU